AUGAUUCGCGGAACUCCCGGGGUCUUCACGGCUUUCGAUAAUGCGGGAUCGGAUCCUCUCAGCCUCGUUUAUGCAAUGCAAAAUUCAACCCCGCUCUACUACCUCACGGUCAAUGUGUAUGGAGUAUGUCAAGGCAUUGCUUGGACGGGACUCUGGGUGAUUGCACACGACUGUGGCCACAGCGGCUUCUCACGCUGGGGUGUGGUGAAUGACACCGUCGGAUUCGUCUUGCACUCCUUUCUCCUCGCCCCCUACUUCUCCUGGAAAUUGUCUGAUCGGCGACACCAUAUCUAUGCCAAUCAUAUUGAAAAGGACCUAAACUAUGUGCCGCCUCUGCGCCAGUCCUACGCUGACAAGAUCGGCCAGGCGGUCGAGGUGCUCGAGGAUAUAGGUCAGGAUGCGCCCUUCGUCCUUUUCCUUCGCAUUUUGCUGCAGCAGACCAUCGGCUGGAACUGGUAUAUCCUGACCAACAUCACCUGCCCUCCUACAGCUAUUCCCAGGAAAUGUUUGUCGCGUCACAGCCAUUUCGAUCCCCAAGGGGCAUUGUUCUAUCCCUCCGAGUGGCUGUCCAUUGUGCUGUCGGAUUUGGGCUGUUUCACUGUGAUCGCCGGCUUUUAUCAGCUUUAUCAGCAGUUUGGUUCGUUCGAGACGCUGUUUUGGGUUUAUAUUGUGCCGUGGACAUGGGUGCACCACUGGGUCGUGAUGAUCACGUAUCUGCAUCAUACCCACCCAUCGGUGCCCAAAUACUGCCCUGAAUCGUGGAGCUUCCUGCGUGGCGCGACCGCGACCAUGGACCGCGACUUUGGCAUCAUUGGAACGCAUUUCUUCCAUCAUAUCUCAACCGACCACGUCACUCAUCACUUAUUCUCACGCAUUCCGCACUAUUAUAGCCCUGUAGCUAGCAAGGCAAUUAUUCCGCUGCUUGGCAGCACUACCACGGACGGGUUGGUGGAGGAGGACCCUGGAAAGGACGUAGCCUUUGGUUUACGGGCAGUGGAGACGUUAAACAACAAGGACGCAAAGAACAUAGGGUUGUGGUAUCGUGGGGGACGCAGCCCCUUGCCAGAGUUCAAGAUGCGCGAAGCCAAAUCAUUCUAGGGACCAAGGAGC